AUGCCAAUACGCAAGCGAAAUGAAUUCCUGGAUGGAGGCGACAGCGAGGAAGAGCUUGAGAAUGGAUCUGACUCGGACGCGGAAGAGGGAAGGGCGGCGAUAGGCGGGCAUGCGAAUAAGAGGCGCAGGGUCGAUACAGAGUCUGAGAGAUCUUUGAGUGAGGUGGAGGAUGAGGUGAAGGAGGAGAAGGGCGAGGAUACUCGCUUCGACUUCAGCAAUUUCGAGGAUGCAGAACCUCCGGCCGACGACCAGGACGAAGACAUAGCUCAGGACGACAACGCCGACACACCUCCCACCUUACCUCUCAAACCCGCCAAAAAGUCCUCCGACCUCAAACAAUACGAAGCCGCCCAACGCGCCCUCCGCAAAUCCGGCGUAAUCUACAUCUCGCGAGUCCCACCCUUCAUGAAACCCCACACGCUCAAACACCUCCUCUCGCCGCACGCUCCCUCCGGCCUCAACCGCAUCUUCCUCACCCCCGAAGACCAGAUUCAACACACCAAACGCGUCAAAAACGGCGGCAACAAGAAAAAAUCCUUCACCGACGGCUGGGUCGAAUUCACCUCCAAACGCGAAGCCCAACGCGCCGCGGAGCUGCUCAAUGGCAACAUCAUCGGCGGGAAAAAGGGCGGGUUCUAUCACGAUGAUUUGUGGAAUGUCAAGUAUUUGAAAGGGUUCAAGUGG